CUAAUUGUUGUGAUAAACUUAUUAAAUAGAUAAACAAAUGGCUAAAACGUAUGAUCAAUUGUACAAAUUGCUGCUCAUUGGAGAUUCCGGCGUUGGGAAAACAUCGCUACUUUUCAGAUUUGCAGAAGACGCGUUUAAUGCAACCUUUAUAUCCACAAUUGGGAUUGACUUUAAAAUCAGAACAAUAGAAAUCGAGGGGAAGAAGAUCAAACUACAAGUAUGGGACACUGCUGGUCAGGAGCGCUUCAGAACCAUCACAACUGCUUAUUAUCGGGGUGCUAUGGGGAUCAUUUUGGUCUAUGAUGUCACGUGUCAGGACUCAUUUGACAACAUCAGCAACUGGAUCAAAAAUACAGAAGAGCAUGCCUCUGCCGACGUAGAAAAAUUGAUUCUGGGCAACAAGUGUGACAUGGAGUCCAAGCGACAAAUCACGACUGAAAAGGGACAGCGUCUGGCGGACAAUUACGGGGUCAAGUUCUUCGAGACGAGCGCACGUGACAGCGUCAACGUCGAAACGGCCUUCUUCGAGUUCGCAAAGGCCAUCAAAGCAAAGGAGGAUAAAAAGAACCUGGACCACCAGAGCGCGAACGGAGCCGGAAACAAAAGACCGGCUGGUGGCAAGGGCGGAGGGCUGAACAUAAAUGUACCAGGCACCAAAAAUGCCAACUCGUUUUUCAGAAAUCUCUGCAACAUUUUAUAAAUAAAUCUUGUUAAUUGUGAAUGGAAAUUAGAUACAAAGUUAGAUAAACGAAACAAGAAAAGUAAUGUAAUAAUGUGAAAGACGCUGUUGACAAAUGCACCGAACUGAUCACAUUCGAUCAAAAUUAAAGCAACAUGUAUUUCAGUUUUCAUGCUAAUCUUAUUUUAUAUUCUUCAUAUGGUUUCAACAAAUAGUUCUUGAUUUUUACUGAAACUUAAUUUUGAUUGCUUCAUCCAAAGCCUUCUAUCAUUUAGUAAAUUUGAAAGCCAAGUUUCAGUCAGUGGGUAACUUAUCAAUACCAAGUGUUGAUUAAUUGAGAGGAGGCUUUGCUUGUCAAAAUUUGUCGGUCGCUUGAAUUGCUAGUUAUUUCAUGCUCUAUUUAAUAUAUCCUUAAUUGAUAAAAUCAACGGGAAUGACCUCCACUGGUUAAUCAUGUCUUCUCUUUGUUAUGCUGGCAGAUGAAUAGAAUAGUUUAUAAGCACUAAUCAGUCGUGCUGUAUUUGUUCCAUUUUCCGAAGCUCAAUUUGGAGUUUUUUGAGCGGUGUAUGUCGGAUAUUGGAGUUUGACUCUGGAGUUUAGUUUUUCUGAAAAAUAUGAAACUUAAGAGUCUUUGUGAAGCUUCGGACAAUUGAGCUAGGUCACUGAAGUUGAAUGUGAAUCUACUGGCACUGAAAUGAAUUGGAUUAAAAUGGAUGUUCAAAAUGCUUCUUGGUAUAUGUAGUUCAAGUCUGUCGAUUGUUUGUUAAUUUUCAAAGUGAGAUCAUGUCUCUUCUUGAGGUGCGGUAUGUUUGCUGCUUCUCAAUGAUUGAAGAGCAGCUAUUUUGAUUUGAACAUUUUCCAUUUGUUCAGAAUUAGAAAGUUUUAUUUAUCACGCAAUGUUUUUACAGUUAAUAUUUUUCUAAUUA